UUUCAAAAUAUAAUAUUUAACUUAGGCAAUACUGAUUGCUUCGGCAUGACUGGUAAAAACAUUUCUACUAAACAGAAAGUUUAGUUUGCAAGAUAUUUGUUUUAUUAAAGGAAAUUGACAGGUUUUUGUGAACAAUUUUGCAAAUAGUCUAUCAAUAAUGGGUCAAAAUCAAUCGGCUCAGGGCGCUUCGGGAGAUAAGAAAGAUGAUAAAGACAAAAAGAAGAAAUAUGAGCCUCCAAUUCCUACCCGUGUUGGUAAAAAGAAACGUCGCGUGAAGGGUCCCGAUGCCGCUAUGAAGUUGCCACAAGUCACACCUCAUACUAGAUGUCGUUUAAAGUUAUUGAAACUCGAACGAAUCAAGGAUUAUCUUAUGAUGGAGGAUGAGUUCAUUAGAAAUCAAGAACGAUUAAAACCACAAGAUGAAAAAAAUGAAGAAGAACGUUCUAAGGUCGAUGACUUGCGUGGAACCCCCAUGUCAGUAGGAAAUUUAGAGGAAAUCAUUGAUGAUAAUCACGCUAUAGUGUCCACUAGUGUUGGUUCAGAACACUAUGUAAGCAUUUUGUCCUUUGUUGAUAAAGAUCAAUUAGAACCAGGUUGCUCAGUGCUUUUGAAUCAUAAAGUUCACGCUGUGGUCGGUGUAUUGAGCGAUGAUACAGAUCCUAUGGUUACAGUAAUGAAAUUAGAAAAGGCACCUCAGGAAACAUACGCCGACAUAGGUGGAUUGGACACACAAAUUCAAGAAAUUAAGGAAUCUGUGGAAUUGCCACUUACGCAUCCAGAAUAUUAUGAGGAAAUGGGUAUUAAGCCACCCAAAGGAGUUAUUCUUUAUGGACCUCGAACCGGUAAAACGCUCUUGGCGAAAGCUGUCGCCAAUCAGACGUCAGCCACAUUUUUGCGAGUAGUGGGGUCCGAGUUAAUACAGAAAUAUCUUGGCGACGGUCCAAAAUUAGUCCGAGAACUAUUUCGUGUAGCUGAAGAACAUGCUCCUUCCAUAGUGUUUAUUGAUGAAAUUGAUGCAGUAGGCACGAAACGUUAUGAUUCAAAUUCAGGAGGUGAGAGAGAAAUUCAGAGGACUAUGUUGGAGCUUUUAAAUCAGUUGGAUGGUUUCGAUUCACGAGGAGAUGUUAAGGUAAUAAUGGCAACAAAUCGUAUAGAAACUUUAGAUCCUGCCCUUAUAAGGCCUGGUCGCAUUGAUCGUAAGAUUGAAUUCCCUCUUCCGGAUGAGAAAACAAAGCGACGUAUAUUCAAUAUACAUACAUCUCGUAUGACCUUAGCAGAAGACGUCAAUCUCAGUGAACUUAUUAUGGCAAAAGAUGACUUGUCUGGCGCUGACAUUAAAGCUAUUUGUACGGAAGCUGGUUUAAUGGCUCUGCGUGAGCGUCGUAUGAAAGUUACUAACGAAGAUUUUAAAAAAUCUAAGGAAAGUGUGCUGUAUCGCAAAAAAGAGGGGACUCCUGAAGGCCUUUACUUAUAAAGCAUUACUUUCUUUAUACUUAUGAAAUAUAAAAUAUAUUAAAUUUAUUAAUUUAAUUUAAGC